UGUCCUUGCAGUUUUCGUGUCGUUCCGGUUGGGUGGGUUUGGGGUGGACAUUACACAAAGACAGGACUCACACGUGUCCGUUCCGUGUCUGUCUGUCUCUGUCUGUCCGUCGCUUUUAUCCACUUGGUAUGUCUCAUUAGCAGACCGCUUUUGCCUUACAAAUACAAACCCGCCCAAUCGACCUAUAACCCCAAACAAACACACGAACAGCCGACACAAAAAUAAAGUGGAAAGAAACAAAGAAAAAUAGAUAUACACGUAUAUACCCAUCGACACACGAGACACAGAGCCGCUUGCUUUUGUCACAGUGCUCCAUCAGGAAAAUACUUGGGCAGACCUUCCUCCCGCAGAAACUCUGCCAAUGUCCAUCCGCCCCCCAGAUCCCUAUUGGCUAGCUGCUGCCCCUCCUCCCAGCGAAUGGGCUUGAUGGGCCACGUAGGGGUGCCAUCAGGUUUCUUCACUCCACACCAGUCGCCAUCAGGGAAGAGGGUGCCCCUCUCGAUGAGGCCUUGUUUCCAUUGGCCCUCAAACCACACCGGAGAACCAGCAGAAGGGCCGGCCGCCUUUCCCUGGCCGUGUCUCUUGCCAUUCGCCCACUCGCCCGAAUAGAUGACUUUGUUGUUCUGGUAGUCUCGGAGCUCGCCCUGGCCGUGUGGCUUGCCGUCGAGUGUCUCGCCAUGAUAGAGACCCACUCCCAGUUCAUUCCCGUCGCCACACCGGUUCCCGUCUUGUCUCCUUUGACCCACUCACCCUUGUAGGUCACCUUGCCGUGAAUGCGCUCCUCCCCCUGGCCGUGCUGCUUUCCCUCCUUCCAUCCGCCGUUGUAGACAACGCCACCGCAUUGGUGCACUUCCCCCUCGCCGUGCGGUUUGCCAUCGAGUGUGGGGCCAGUGAAGAGGCCGAAAUGCUGUCCUUUGGCGUCCUUGAGCGUCAGGUUGGUAAUGUGGCCGUCUCCCUUCAUCUCGUCAUCCGCCCAUUGACCCUCGUACACUGUCUGGCCGUGCUGAUCGAUGGUUGUCGAUUUGCCCUGGCCGUGUCUCUUGUCGUCUUUCCACUCGCCCUCGUAGGCCUUGACAGUCUGCGGGCCGCUCGAUGCGUAUUCAGUGCCCUUCCCAUCUCGCUUGCCGUCCUUCCACUCGCCCUCGUAUCGCUUUCUCUCGCCGUCCAGCGACCGCAGCAGCCCCGUGCCGUGGGGCAGCUUCUCGCCGUCCACCGUGCGAAUUGACCCAACGUACUGACCCUCGUCGUAGAUGAUCGUGUGGGCCUCGCGGCUGUGAGCGCUCUCUUCCUCGUAGAGUCUCACUUUGGCUUCGAACUGCAUGCAUACGUACACAAACAAACAAACAUGUGUGGCUGUUUGUCGUUGUGUUCGGAGCCCUCUCUCUCAGCGGUUGGGUACCAUUUCGCAUCGGCAUUUCCAUUCGUCUCUCUCCUUUCUGUAUUCGUCUCUUUGUCUGGUGACUUCGUCGAUGAGCUGCUGCUUGGUCCGCAGGUGGUCCUCCAGCCGAGUCAUCAUCCGUCUCGAGUGGGGGGAGAGGCCGUUGGAGUCGUAGGGGCCAAUUUCGUCACUCAUGUUGUAGAGAGGAACUUCAAGGAGAGAUAUGUGGGAGGGGGGAGUGGUUCGGG